AUGCCCCUUAUUUUUGUUCAUCAUCACAAAAAUGAAGUUACUGCUUUUAACACAGAGUGUACAAUAGGUUCACUUAAUACUGCCUUGGUGGAUUUGGCCAAUAACGGUGACAACACCAAUCUGGGCAAAAUCAACUUAAGCUCGCACUUUUCGGCUCUCGCCCCACGCGCAAAGGCUAGCGACCGGUGUAGCCAGGUUCUGCCUGUGGAGGAUUCUGCUAAGGAAAAGGUAGGCUCCCUCACAGCUAGUCCUCAUUUGUAUAAGAAAGUCGAACUUGUGCCCCUCUCUUUUGUGCUGGAAAUAGCUUCGAAUCCGAAGCUUAUUGCCGCUUUAUACAAAAGGAGUAGCAGCAAUUCUGCAGGGAUGAUGCAUGGGGGAGGGCCUCCACUGACAGGAGCGUCGGCAAGCCCUACUGAUGGAAAUGCUUCAAGUGCCCCAGUAAGUAGUUCCCUCACAUCGUUACUAGCAUCCUAUGUUACCAACAUCCCCUUUGUUGGGUUACGCACAGCUCCUGAACAAAGCGCCUAUUUUUCCCUCCCGGGGCCCAGUGCCUCAGCUUCCAACAACACAAAUGUAAAUGAUACCAGCUCAUCAACAUAUACUGCGUUAGUUCUUCUCGGUUGCCGUAUGGAUUCAUCGAAAGAAUCGGGAUAUUUGAACCAUUUAAGUGGUUCUACCCUCCUGCCACCCUUAGAUGACAGGAGAAGCACCGUACAGCCAGACUUUGAAGAGCGUAAGCCGGGCAUCAAACCCAGCAUUUAUGACAACCACGGUUCAUCUCGAUCGGGGCAGCAACCCAAUCAACAGCUACAGCUUUUAUUAGCUUCUGGACAUGUGCCUGAUGCAAACUCCUUCAGCACUCCCCUAGAGCUGGCAGUGGGAGCUUCCAGGUACGAUAAUGCAUUGGAGAUGAAUAGUGGGAUUUCAGAAAAAAUGUUGGAUUAUAUGUCGUUCACUGGCAUGCUGAAUUUUGUAAAGAAUACACAUUUAACGCCACAUAGGGGGCCAAAGGGUGCACGCGAUGAUUCUUCGGUUCUCAUUACACAUCCUAUCCCAUCGGCAUCAAGUGAGAAGGAUGACAAUACCAUGGAAACAGACGCGACUGAGGGGUUGAAAAGCCAAGGAACAAGUGCUAAUGAGGAUAAUACUACUUCACAUUCAAGGUCAUUGUCGUGUGAGGAAGCAGCAACAUCAGCGAAAAAGCUUCGGAAUGCCAGUGUCAGUCAAAGCAAUGCAAAGGAGGUGCAUAAGAAAAAAACUGACUUGGCAGUUUCUGCGGCAGCAGCAAGUAUUGGGGUCAGUAUUAAUGGUACUCCUCCGAUCCCUCUUUCAUGGGCCGCUCAGGAUCUUUUGUUGAGCCCUCAAAGACCUGCCUCUUCCAUGUCGCCGGCCUUGCAGACCAAUAGCGUCAAAUCCACCCAGCCUGCAUAUGCAGCGGGCGGAAAUAGUUCUGAAAGGCCCUCGGCUCUGGCGUUGUGGCUAAAAGGUGUUGAAAGCUUGGAUGUUCUGUGGACUGGCCCCAAUGGCGAGCAUGAAGUACUUUCGCGAUUACUGCAGGAUUUCGUACGAAUAGAAAAGCAAAAGAUAGCCGCCGAUGAGGCAGCUCGAGCGGCGGCUCUACCAACACGAGGGGCAAGUGUACUUGCAUCCAGUGGGGCCGCCGACCCCCCCAAAUCGAGGAAGUAG